AGACUCGCUAGGCGGGAGGGAUCACUAAAAGCAACGCAGCGCUCAGGCGGUGUAAAAUCAAGGGUUAAGUGCUCAAACCCGCGCGGAGACGGAAGAACUUUCUUGAUUAGCAUAGUAUCGGCCCCGGGGCCGCGCGGUCGGGCGGAGGUUCGGUCCCAGCCUAGGUGAAGCGUGCAGUCAGGUCUUGACUGAGGUCAGACGCAGCACCUGCUUCUAAUCGGAGGACCCGCGGCUUACGUCUUUGCCGAACAGGACAGUGUGGGAUGAAACAGACCAAAGAUCAAAAGUGUCCCAUUUCCCAAAGGAACAGUUCACUUAGAAAGCCAGGGAGAGAGCCUGGAUGCUCAAGUUGGGGAAUGGCAGUCAAUGUGUAUUCUACCUCGAUAACCCAAGAGACUAUGAGCAGACAUGACAUCAUUGCCUGGGUUAAUGACAUAGUAUCUUUAAACUACACAAAAGUGGAACAGCUUUGUUCAGGAGCGGCCUAUUGCCAGUUCAUGGACAUGCUCUUUCCAGGCUGUAUUAGUUUGAAGAAAGUAAAAUUUCAAGCAAAGUUGGAACAUGAAUAUAUUCACAAUUUUAAACUUCUGCAAGCAUCAUUUAAACGAAUGAACGUUGAUAAGGUAAUUCCGGUGGAGAAGCUAGUGAAAGGACGUUUCCAGGACAACCUGGAUUUUAUUCAGUGGUUUAAGAAAUUCUAUGAUGCUAACUACGACGGGAAGGAGUAUGACCCGGUAGAGGCACGACAAGGGCAAGAUGCAAUUCCUCCCCCUGACCCUGGUGAACAGAUCUUCAACCUGCCAAAAAAGUCUCACCAUGCAAACUCCCCCACAGCAGGUGCAGCUAAGUCAAGUCCAGCAUCUAAACCAGGAUCCACACCUUCUCGUCCCUCAUCAGCCAAAAGGGCUUCCUCCAGCAGCUCAGCAUCCAAAUCUGAUAAAGAUUUAGAAACACAGGUCAUACAGCUUAAUGAACAGGUACAUUCAUUAAAACUUGCCCUUGAAGGUGUGGAAAAGGAAAGGGAUUUCUACUUUGGGAAGUUGAGAGAGAUUGAGCUCCUCUGCCAGGAACAUGGGCAGGAAAAUGAUGACCUCGUGCAGCGACUCAUGGAAGUCCUCUACGCUUCAGAAGAACACGAGGGCCACACAGAAGAGCCGGAAGCAGAGGAACAAGCCCAUGAACAGCUGCCCCAACAGCAGGAAGAGUACUGACCCGCCUGGCAGCUCUUGACACUUCCAUUGUGCAUGGGAACGUUUCUUCUGGAGAAUUGGAACAUGUGUGGCCUCAGACUCAACAGCAACCAGUUGUUCCCAACCUGCCGUUACCAUCAACGCACUGUUGCACACGCCAGCCACUGCACUUGGUUCCCAUUUUCUUUGCCAAGAUGUGUUAGCAGACGGCCACCUGGCCGCCUACCCAAAAGAUCGUAGGGUCACAUACAUCCAACUUCACCACUUGGCUGCUUGAGAUUGGUUCUGCUCUCUUCUUCAUUUCUUUCCAGAACAACUCUUCCCCACCCCACCACCACCACUGCCACCACCCCCCUUUUUAUCCUGGUGUGAAACAGUGGUAAUUUGAUAUAUGGUAUUUAUAUUGGCAUUUCUCAACCCAGUGUCACUAGAUGUCACACGCAUUUGUGGUGCUUUGAUGUUUGCAAGUCUAACCUCUGAACGUAAAAUUGGUAAAUAAUUAAUUGGAGCAAAGGGAAACAGAUACUUGAUAUGAAAGCCAUAAUGACAGUGACUUGUGUCGUGGGGAAAAACAUAGGGUCAGUUUCUCCCUGUACUCACAACACUAAAGGGAAAAAAAUGGAUUCAAAGCUAGGACUUCAGGGCCCAGCAGUAUUCAUACAUCAGCAUGUUAGACACCCAUAUAGUAUGUUGUUAGCUUUGAAAGACAUUCACUCAAGGAAAACACUGUCUCAACUUUGCCCUUUCUCUGUAUGCCCCUCUCCCAGGUUCUCAUGCUAUUUUUCUUUCUCAGGGUCCUCUUUGAUGGGCAGCCACUCUCCCUAAGAUGUUGUCAUCAGUUUUCUGCAGUCCAGAGGGAGUCUGGGUAGGUCCAGGUCUUCCUGUCUCGUCCCUCUCCCGUCUUGUGUGAGUUUCAGCCCAAGAACUGUCCUUCACGCUAGGGGACUGCCACUGAAGGACAUUCAGGGUGUGGAGCUCCAAGCUCCGGGCUUCUGCAUCACACUGCGUACUUGCUGGAAGGCUGGAAGUGAAGACCUUAUUCAUGGGAGUGUAAUUCCAAGGGGGAAUCAUGGCUCUGCAGUCUGGUGUUGACACUGGAACAACAGCACAGGAAAACCUAUGACCCCUAGUAUCUUCUGGAAUGAGGAAUCUCCCCUCUUUAACACAAGGGCCCUCCUUGCCAUUGACCUUUGCUGAACCAUGGCAAUUCAUAAAUAGAGGAAACGUUAAUGAAUUAAAAGCAUUCCUUAUUUUUUUAACUAAUAUUUGCACAUUUUCUUAGUCUCUUUCCAAAUCUUUGCCUCUCUUUAUUUUUAUUUUUCCCUUUGACAGAUGGUAUCCUUUCUUGUAUCACUCAUUUCACUUGGUUUCUAACUUUAGGUUUACUUUCCCUUGUUAUUUGACUUAGCAGGUGCAACAAAAACAAGAAACAAAUGUGCCCACCCCACUUUCCACUUAACUGAAAAGGUUAAAAUAAAUUUCUAGAUUAUGUAUCAUAAAGCUCUGAAAUUUCUUUAUUAAUUGAUGAAAUACAAAUUCUAAAUUCUAACAUUGAAGUUUUUCACCAAAAGAAGUCUUUCCAAAAUAAAUCUUUUGCAGCAAAGUGGUAUUUAUUGAGUUAUAUGUGGAAAAGAUGGCUUGUAUUUUUGAGAUUAUUACAACACACUGUGCAGAAUUGGACAGAUGUUCGUGGUGUUUGGUUUCCCUUUCUUCUCUCUCCUGCUCACUCUGCAUUACAGCAGCAACUUGUUUCUCUAAGGCUGGACAGCCUGGCCCUCGGCAGUGACGUCCUCCCAUGCCUGGUCACAGCUAGUGGCCGUGCUAUACACAGCAUCAUGCUUAACAGCGCGGUGCCCUACUCACUGAUUUCUCUUUCGUUAAAGUAGCUCUUAUAAAAGGCACAGUACAUGACUCCAUGCAGAUGACACUUUAGAGGUUCCUAGGCCAUCCUUCGCCUGCUCUGGACAUCUCAGCCAUACCUGGGAGAUCGUGACCAAGCUCCUGUCGUGUGGAGGCACAUGCAUGGGCAGCAGGAGGUCAGGAUCCUGUCUUCUCCAAAAACCGCUUACUACUGUGUAACUUGCAUAUGCCUCCCUGGAGACUCUUGCCGGAAGCACCCCAGUUCCUCUCCAGCUCCCCAACCUUCUCACUGAUAAACACGCUAGCCAGAUCUCUCUGCCUUCCCUAGUCACCAUACUCCAUUCUCCUUCCCGAAGGCUUGGGGCAGACACUCCAUUUAGUUAAAGAAGAGCUGUAAGUUCCUCUUUCUGUCCCCGUCUUUAACAUCUUCUGUCAUGCUGCACCCCAGAUGAUGUCAUGGAUGAUUUGGGGGCAUCUUUAACAGCUGGGUUUCUGAGUCAGUUCUUUUGGGUUGUACCCCCAGUCUCCGUGCAGACCCCCACUCAUUUCCCAUGAGUAGGGCGGCUCCAUCAUUCUCUCAUCUUGGCAUUCAGGACACACUUUCCUCCAUGACCCUAGUCACAUGUCAUGGGGCUGGGUCGAGUAGUGUCCCUGGGUGUGUGUUCCUCUCCUCCCCUCAGGAAGCCUUAUUUCAUCCUUAGUCCCCCUUCACGCCCACUGUUGGCUGGUUAUAGCACUUCUGCUGCUACUGUCAGAUAGGAAGUGAUUGAAGCAGGGGGCAAAGAGAAAGCCCAUGUUUAUUAUAAGCAGAAAAGCAGGAAAAAAAAAAGACAAGGCAACACCCUGUUGACCCGAGAGAAGUAAACUCCAGAAGGGAACCAAGAAUUCCUCCCUUCCCUGGUGAGUAUUUCCAUUAUUCCGUUAAGGUUUAAUAUGCAUUCAGAUUACUUUUACUAAAUAGUACACCAUAAAACUUUUGUUAUAUAUUAAAUGUAAACUGAAAGGAAUGUAAACAUAUGAAUUGUUAAUUAUAAAUAUAGAUAAGUAAUGACAUAAUAGAUGAAAAAGUCUUAUUCAGAUGUAUCACAUUCAUUUUCCAUUACCCACCUACUGUCGCAUGGUAGAAUAGUUUUUUUGUCUCUGAAUAUGUGAAUAACUUGACUUGCGUUGAUCUUUUUACAUAUUUAAUAAAAAAAUAUAUGUUAAAACUC